AAGAGUUGCUGUGGCUUUUGUGCUUUUUGAAGUCAUAACUCUUCGCACUGUAAACCCCUGUGGCUUUGACCUAUUCUUUUGGUAAAUGUAAUUGCCUUGAGAAAACAGCCGUAGUGACAAUCAUCCUAUACACACAAAGAUACGAAUUUGAAUAAAGAGUGGAUUUUGGCCUAUAGGAGUACGUGGAAUGGGGUGGGCCUUGUCAUUAGCGGAACAAUGAUAUUGAAAAAUAUUUGUUUUUCUUUGGGUUCGUGUUAAUGGGAUUGAAUAUACAACAGCAGGUGAAGUCGAAGAAAGUUACCCUGUUCAACUUCUUCGGAGAACCUUACGACCUUGCUAACCAGCGACGAAUGUACGAAAGUAAGGUUUUGCGUGAUACCUCUGUUGUGGUGGGAGUUCACUGUGCCUUUGUGCCUUUAUACCAAGGGGCUCUUACACUGCUGUGUGAAUUGCACGCUCUAACGCCUUAAUGAUAGUAAGCCACGCUGUGAUUGGUGGAUCGCGUCAUUUGUCAAUAUGCCUUAAUGGUGUGACAGAUUAAAGAGAAUUUGAAAGGCAAAGUUUCCAGUGUGUAUUGUCAACACAAGGCUGUGCAUCGACACGAUGACUGGACGCAGAACUAUGUUUAUGUGUAUUCGCCUAAUUCUCUUUAUCCUAGUGUUGGUUUAUCAUUUAGCGAACGCAGCCGAGUAUAAAUGUGAGGAAAUCACGAUCCCGCUGUGUAUGAACUUGGGUUACAACACGACGUAUUCGCCGAAUCGAUUUCUCCACGAAGAUCAGAAAGAGGCGGCCUUGGAAGUCCAUCAAUUUUGGCCUUUGGUUCAAAUAAACUGCUCGCCUGUGUUGAAGUUCUUUCUCUGCUCUCUGUACGCGCCGGUUUGCGAUGAACUCUACGGCAAGGAGCUGCUUCCAUGUCGUAGCGUGUGCCACAAAGCAAAGAGCGGCUGUUUGAAACUCAUGAAAACGUACGGCUUCAAAUGGCCUGAGAAAAUGGAAUGCGAUAAGUUCCCGCAGAAGAAGGACAAUCAACUGUGUAUGUCGGAUGACGAUCAGACGACAACGGCACCGACUCUGAUCGGUCCUUCGCCUUCAGCGAAAACGACGAAUAGUUGGAUUGGCGCUACGACUGACUCGGCGUCGUCGAAAAAAUUGCCUUCGCGUCCGCAGAGACGACGACCAAAACCAACUAACACCGGUGUAGGUCGUUCCACGAAAUCGCCUGUCAGCACCCCGUCACCUCAAGCGCUUGGCUGUCAGUGCUCUUGUGCUAAGCCAUUUAUACGUGUGCCUCCUAAACUAGAGCGCCAUAUCGGGGACGUUCAGGACUGUGCUUUGCCAUGCAACGCUUCGUACUUCACAUCGAAUCAGAGGAGUUUCGCAACAGCAUGGGUGACGAUAUGGUCCACGAUGUGUUUCGUUUCGACCUUCCUAACGCUCGCAACCUUCUUCCUCGACACGGCGAGGUUUCGCUAUCCGGAGAGACCCGUGAUUUUCUUAUCAAGUUGUUAUUUACUCAUGUCUUUUGGCUAUAUCAUGCGUCUGAUCGCUGGCAAAGAGAAGGUUUCUUGUGAUCAAGACGACCUAAUUGCACAUGAAACAACGGGCCCGGCGUUAUGUACAUUGGUAUUCUUGCUAACCUACUUCGGGGGCAUGGCGUCCGCUCUAUGGUGGGUCGUUCUAUCAUUUACUUGGUUCCUUUCAGCUGGUAUGAAAUGGUCAAACGAGGCUAUCGCAAACGUCUCCCAAUACUUCCAUAUUGUCGCCUGGCUGAUUCCCUCGGUUCAAACAAUCUCCGUUCUGGCAAUGUCAAGCAUCGACGGAGAUUCUUUGAGCGGAGUUUGUUCGGUCGGAAACCAAAACAAGGACAGUUUGGUCGCAUUUAUGAUUGUACCCUUAGGAAUCUACCUCACGAUUGGAUCAGCGUUCCUGCUCGCCGGCUUCGUUUCCCUGUUUCGCAUCAGAAAGAAAAUGCAAAACGAGGGGAACAACACGAAUAAGCUGGAGAAACUUAUGGUUCGAAUUGGCGUGUUCUCCGUGUUGUACACCGUGCCCGCAACAGUAACUAUCGGGUGUUACCUUUACGAGAUGUCGAAUCGAAGUAAAUGGGAAAAAUGGCUAACAUGUGCUAAUACGCCUUGCGCAGGAGCCGAGAAAGUCGAGCCGGAGUACUCGGUGUUUAUAGUCAGGUACUUCAUGUCGUUGGUUGUUGGAAUUAGUACGGGAUUCUGGAUUUGUUCAAUGAAGACUGUCGACUCGUGGCGCAAUUUGAUUAAACGACAUGUCGGUUCUCGUUUGUUGCGGCCGAAAAACGCUGACGAUCAUGACGCUGAAAAGACGGCCCUGCGUUUGACGAAGAAAACCGACGUUUGAGACACUGUUUCGCCUUGCUUCGCUUUCUAGAGACGGUUCAAUAGUGCUUAGAAACUAGGGAAUAAAAUAGACAAGCAUCUCGUUCACCCUUUCCCGUUCAGGGAGUCGCUAAAUGCCGCGGACGAAAUCUAGCCGAGCAAAAACGCUUAACUCUUUAACUUCGUGUAAAGUCCUGAGAGACUUUAUUGAAGCUAUUCUGCACGAUUUCCGGUAUUGACAGCAGGCGGGAAAUCUGUCUGGGGAGGCAUAUAUAUACAGUCAACGGCAUUGUUUAGCGUCUAAACUCAAGUUCCAUGUACGGUGUGCCGCCAUUAUGACUGCGAAUGUAUAUCUUUUCAUCUUCAAAAACAAUGUAUAUAUCUGACGACGUUCACGAUAAAGAUAGUCUUGUAUAUUCUAAGAUCCCUUUGUCACGAAAAGCGGUGUUUGCCCAUAUCUAGGCAAUCCGUGUAUAAUUUCCUUUUGAGUUUAAAUAAUUUCCUUUGAGUUUAAAUGUAAAUAUUAUCGGAUAUAGACUUUUUUCAUUUUCAGGCAAGAAACCUAUAGGACAGAUUUUGUGUUAGACAAAAAACUCUCGAGCACUUCAUGAUAGUGUUGCUUCGAAAUUAAAGAAUUCGCUGAGUAAAGCGUUAUUCAAAAUAUUUACAUAGAGAUGCUGUUUAAAAGAAUCUUUUGUGAUUAGAUUUCUUUACUUGUUAAUAAAAUUUGAGUAAACUUUGCUAAUAUUUUAAUGAUUUAAUA